AUGGAUGACCCAGCGGCGCCAGAAGGACCUGAGGCCGAGCAGCUCAUCGCUCGGCUCAAAGGAGGCUUCAAGAUAUUCGCUCCUGCCUCCGGUCGAGCAGCCCUCGAGAGCCUAACCGAGGACCUGCAGAAGCUACUCCAGCUCCGGAAGGCUUCGGACCCCGCUCCGGAGCCACCGCCUCUGCCGGCGGACCCCGCUCCCGAGCAACCGUCGCUACCGGCGGACCCCGCUCCCGAGCAACCGCUGCCUGCGCGGCCUGUGAAGCCGCCUUCGCUGCCGCCUCUGCAGCUCAAGCAGCCGCUGCCACUGCUGCCUGCGCUACCAGCGCAGCCACCUCCUCUGCAACCUGCGCAGCCGGAGCAGCCAUCUACGCUGUCCGACGAAUCUGCGCAGCUUCCUCUGCCUGCGGCUGUUGAGCACGUGCCGUCGCCACUGUCUGCGGUCCCCACGCACGUGCAGCCGACACUGCAAGUGACUCCUGCGCCCGUGCAGCUGCUUCUGCCUGCGGCUCCGGCACCAGUCCGGUCGCCAGUGUCAUCGGCUCCGGCGCCGAUGCGGCCGCUACUGCCUGCGGCCCCAGCGCCACUACAGCCGCCACCGCCGACGACUCCAGCACCCGAGCAGCCGCCUCUGCCUGCGGUUCCUGCAGAUGAGUCGUCGCCACUGCCUGCAGUUCCCGCGCCCACGCCCGAGGCGCACUCCCUGCCUGCAGUUCCCGCGCCCACGCCCGAGGCGCACUCCCUUCCUGCAGUUCCCGCGCCCACGCCCGAGGCGCACUCCCUGCCUGCAGUUCCCGCGCCCACGCCCGAGGCGCACUCCCUUCCUGCAGUUCCCGCGCCCACGCCCGAGGCGCACUCCCUGCCUGCAGUUCCCGCGCCCACGCCCGAGGCGCACUCCCUUCCUGCAGUUCCCGCGCCCACACCUGAGGCGCGCCCUAGUCCUGACGUUUCUGUGCCCAAUGAGACUCUGAGUCCUGGUUCUGUCCCUGUUCCUGUUUCCCUGGUGACUCCUGGUUGA